CUCAUUUAUUAUGAGGCGUCCGCGACUCGCGUAGUUGGCGUCGUCUUCAUUACAUUGCUGCUUCCCAGUUCUUCUUACAAAGACCUCCCGACUGCACCAAAGAAGAUCAAGUACAAGAUGUUUGAAGACCCAAUCCUCAGCUUAGACCAAGAGGAUGGGGCUGUUGACCUCAGCGGUCUUCCCAUCCUCCUUCACCCGGACGAAUUUGAAGGGGUCCGCUUGGCGGCGAGCAAUCUCGCCUCUGACCUUGAAAAGGUCACCGGUCGCGCAUCAAGCGUCAUCCAAGACCAGAACAAGAUUCCACAGGGAGACGCUGUCAUUGUUGUCGGGAGCGUGCAGAAAUGUCGCUACUUUGACGAUCUGGGUGAGCACGCCCGCGAGAUCACCAAGCUGGAGGGCAAAUGGGAGACGUUUCGCUGCCACGUGCAAGACAGCCCGUGGCCUAUGGUCAAAAAGGUCUACGUGGUAGCCGGAAGUGACAAGAGAGGCGCCAUCUUCGGCGUGUACACCCUGACUGAGCAGAUGGGCGUGUCACCGUGGUAUUGGUGGACCGACGUACCGAUCAAGACGGCGAAACACAUUUACGCCCUACCGGGCCCCUUUAUCCAAGGCGAGCCAAGCGUAAAGUAUCGGGGCAUCUUCAUCAACGACGAAACACCCUGUCUGACGGACUGGGUUCACGAGAAGAUUGGCCCAAAGUACACUUCAGAGUUCUAUGUCCGGGUGUUUGAGCUGCUUCUUCGCAUGAAAGCCAAUUUUUUGUGGCCAGCCAUGUGGUCUGGGUUCCCUUGGCCGGGGAGUUCCUUUUUCGAGGACGAUCCGCGGAACCAAGAGCUCGCUGACACAUAUGGCAUUGUCAUGUCGACGUCGCACCACGAGCCGAUGCAGCGGGGGAUGACGGAAUGGCGCACUGCCAACAAGGGCGUUUGGUCCUGGGAAGAGAACGAAGACGCUGUGCGAGAGUACUUUGAGGUUGGUGCGCAGCGGGCACGGCCCUACGAGUCCAUUGUGACGAUGGGCAUGCGAGGCAAUGGCGACAAGCGCAUCAUUGCCAAAGACCCGCAACGGACGCUGCAGGAGGUACUGGACACGCAGAGAGACAUAUUCAAGUCUGUAUAUGGCAGGGAAGAUGGCGUCCCGCAGGUCUUUGCGCUCUACAAGGAGACACAGCUGCAAUACGAGAGGGGUCUCCAGGUGCCGGAAGACAUCACGCUGAUGUUUACGGAUGACAACUUUGGAAAUGUCAGGAGAUUUCCCACAGCCGAGGAAAGCAAGCGUAAAGGGGGCAUUGGGUUGUACUACCACCUCGAGUACGUUGGCCGCCCUCGAAGCUACAAAUGGAUCAACUCCAGUCCUCUCGGCAAGGUGCAGCAACAGCUCACUGCCGCGUAUCGCAACGGUAUCCAGCAGGUGUGGGUGUUCAAUGUGGGCGACAUCAAACCCAUGGAGAUGCCCAGUUCCUUUGCGUUGGCUCUGGCUUGGGACAUCAACUGCGUACAACGGAAAAGCGUCGAGUCCUUCUUCUCAACAUAUACCGUGCGAGAGUUUGGAAAAGACCAUGCAGAUGCCAUCGCCAAACUGCUGUACCGCCACGACAGACUCAUCGCCCUACGACGCCAUGAGCACAUUGAGCCUGAUGUGUUCUCCAUCGUCAACUACCGAGAAGCUGAGGUCAUUUUAGAAAAGUGGCUUGGUCUGGAGAAAGAAGCCCAAUCACUCUUUGAGCAGGUUCCAGAUUACCAAAAGGCAGCCUUCUUCCAACUCGUGCUACAUCCGAUCAAGGCCUCGCGCAUCUUCACCGCGCUGAGAACGGCACAAGCACAGAACCAACUCUACGGGCUCCAGCGACGCAACACGACUAAUGUCCUGGCAAAGAGGGCCCUCGACCUUUUCGACGAGGACUUUGACCUCCAGGAGCAGUUCCACAACAACCCCUGGACAGGGGACAAGUGGAAUCACAUCAUGUCCCAGCCUCACUACGGCUACAGCACAGAGACGUGGCACGCCCCCUCACGAGACAUGAUCACGGGGCUGAGCUAUAUCCAGAAGAGGCAGAACACAAAUCGCGUCUUUGGGCAGAUUGGCGUCUUCGUAGAGGGCCACGGUGGUGUCCGAUCUGGCUUGACGAACGAGGAGUCGGACUACACGCAUCCCUCCAAGGGUGAUCUGAUCCCGGGCUUGACAUUGCCUUUGAUGAGUCCAUAUGGUCCAGCUGAGAGAUUCUUUGAGAUCUUCUCGAGAGGCGCAGUCAGCGUUGAGUGGGAGGUAACUGCUGACCAGCCGUGGAUCACCCUCAGCGUCACACGCGGGACGUCGACCCCUGAUGACGAGCGAGACGCCCGCAUCACAGUCGCCGUCAAGUGGGAGAAAGUAACAGAGGAUUUUACGGGGACCGUUGUGAUCCAUGUGCAGUCCCCAUCCGGAUACUACGAGAACGUCCAUCUGCCCAUUGACAACCGUCGGGUCCCCUCGGGAACCACUGGCUAUAUAGAGGCGGACGGGGCGGUUGUGAUUGAGCCGGCUUCCCACGAACCACUCAAGGGCUACGAGAUCUACCCUCUGCUCGGCCGCACUGGCUCUGGAGCAGUGACCAUCUCACCUGGAACAUCCGGCAAGGUGGAGUAUAUGCGAUUCCCCAUCUACGCCUUCUCGUCACCUGACACGGUGACCAUUACGCUUCUCUUCACAAUGUGUCUCGAGGUGCGACCUGACGACCCCUUGCGCUUCGACAUUGGCCUCGACGAUGAGGUCCAGGAGGGCGUGCAGCUGCUGACAUGCCCCGAGAGGGGCGAGCUGCCCGAUGGCUGGCCUGUUGCCGUACAGGACCUCGUCUGGACACGCGAGGUCAGCUUCAGCCUGCCCACUGGGAAGGAUGGGCAGCAUGUGGUGCUUUAUAAGCCAUAUCAAGCGGAGUUGCUGCUGGAGAAGAUCAUGGUGGACUUUGGGGGGCUGAGGCAAAGCUAUCUGGGCCCGGGGCAGAGUGUGUUCUUG